AUGGCGCCCUUGCCGGUGCUCCGCGAUGCUUCCAGGGUGCUGCGAGAGCUGCAGCACGCCACGCAGGCGGUUCAGCGUGGGCGGUUGUUGGCGGAUGUCCAUCAGAUUCCACCUGCGGCGACCGCAGAGGAGGCGCUGCAUCUGCCGGAGAAUAAGUCACGGAGAGGGGCGCCUUUGACACCGCCUUGUCUGUCUCCGUGCUCGCUAAGCUACGCUUGCGGGCGCUGUACCUGCGUGCAUGGGAGGUGGAAAAAACAAGAAGAAAAAGAAGGGGACCACCUGCUUCCAGCGACGAAGGCAACGUACAGCACGAGCCACGGCAACAAAAAAAAAAAAAAGAACAACGGCGGCUGA